ACCACUCAUUCAGACUCUAAAACUGCGAAUCGUCCUUAAAUCAGUAAUAGUUUAUAACGAAGCUAUAAAAUCAUGCAAAUAAUGGUUCACAUCUCACUAAAAAAUGUGAAAAUCUUUACAAAUUGGGCAUGGUUUUUUUCAAUAUGAUCCAAGACUAUGCGUUCGCUGAAACGGAUUCUUCUAGACUAUCUUCAUAAAUGUCAGCGUCUCAGACCUUUUAAGCAAAUCCAUGCUCAGUUAGUGACUGGUGGUUUUCUUCGCGACGACUCGGUGGUCAACAAAGCUGUCGAGUUCUUCGGAAAAUCUGCCAAUCUUGUGAACUAUGCGUGUGAUUUUCUUAAGCACGCCGAUGGGCCCAUAAGUUCAUUCCCGUUUAAUACGUUAAUUUCGAUAUACGCUUCUAGCGGCAGGCCCCAAGUGGCUAUUUUUUUUCAUAGACGGAUUUUGAAGGAUGGGUUUGUGCCUGAUAUGUACACAUUUCCCGCGGUGUUGAAAUCUUGUGCUAAGUUUUCGGGGAUGGGAGAGCGUAUGCAGCUUCAUGGAAUGGUUAUUAAGAUGGGUUUCUUGCGUGAUAUAUAUAUCCAAAAUUCACUUGUCCAUUUGUACGGUGUCUGUGGAGACUUUGGUGGUGCUAGAAAGGUGUUUGAUGAUAUGUCUGUUAGAGAUGUGGUCUCUUGGACUGGAAUUAUGUCCGGGUUCGUCAGAGCAGGAUUGUUUGAGGACGCAGUGGCUUUGUUUUUGAGAAUGGAUGUUGAGCCAAAUAUUGCGACGUUUCUUUCCGUGCUGGGCUCUUGUGGGAGGCUGAGUUAUUUGGAUAUGGGGAAGGCAAUUCAUGGUUUGGUUUUAAAGCGGGUGUUUGGGACGGGUUUGGAGGUAAGUAAUGCUCUGAUGGAUAUGUACGUCAAAUGUCAAUCGUUGUGUGAAGCGAAGCAGAUUUUUGAUGAGCUUCAAGAGAAGGAUAUUGUUUCUUGGACGAAUAUGAUAAGUGGAUUGGUGCAGUGUAAGCGUCCCAAGGAGUCACUGGAGUUGUUUCACGACAUGCAGACAUCAGGUGUUAAACCUGAUGAGAUCGUACUUACCAGUGUGCUCUCAGCCUGUGCAAGCCUUGGAGCUCUUGAUUGUGGUAGAUGGGUUCAUGAGUAUAUUGACCGGAUGGGUAUCAAACGGGAUAUGCAUAUAGGAACUGCUUUGAUUGACAUGUAUGCAAAAUGUGGAUGCAUAGAGAUGGCAUUGCAGAUAUUUAGUGGAAUGCCUAGCAAAAAUGUUUUUGCAUGGAAUUCCUUGUUAGGUGGUUUGGCACUGCAUGGACAUGGUCAUGAGGCAGUCAGAUAUUUCAAAGAAAUGGCUAGGAUUGGCAUGAGGCCUAAUGAGGUAACAUUUCUUGUAAUUUUGACAGCUUGUUGUCACUCAGGUUUGGUUGAUGAGGGUCGUAGAUAUAUCUAUGAGAUGACAAGUCUCUAUAAUCUUUCUCCUAAGUUGGAGCAUUUUGGAUGCAUGGUUGAUUUGCUCUGUAAAGCUGGACUUUUGAAUGAAGCUUUACAGCUGAUAAAGAUUAUGCCUAUGCUGCCUGAUGUGCGGAUAUGGGGAGCAAUUCUUAGUGCUUGCAAAUCUCAUGGAAAUCUGGAACUACCCCAAGAAAUUCUACAUGAUCUCCGGGAGCUUGAGUCUCAAGAUAGUGGUGUUUAUGUGCUUCUUUCCAAUAUAUAUGCCUCAAAUAACAGCUGGGCGGAUGUAAAAAGGAUAAGGAGAUCCAUGAGGGAAAAGGGUAUUAUAAAGGAACCUGGGUCAAGUGCGAUUGAAGUGCAUGGCAAGGCUCAUGAGUUCAUAGUUGGAGAUAGUAAUCAUCCUCAAAACACUGAGAUUCAUGAACUAUUAAAAAUUCUCACUAGCCAAAUUUAUCUUGAAGGGCAUUUCACACACUCAUUCUUGAUAAGAUAAGUAUACCUUUUCCUUUUUCAGUUAAAAUGAAUUUUUAUUUUCUUCGUUCACAUUCUAUAUGUGAUAUCUUUACAACUUGCUACCAGUUUUUUCAUCAUGCUUUCUAAGUUGAUUAAUGCUCAGUGAGUCUGUCUUAAAGGAUAUUUUCCAUGGAGACACAUUUAACCGCUAUAAGAGCUAAAGAAUUGUGCAUAAGGUUUAUGCAAUCUGUGGGAUGCAUAAUUUGAAU